AUGGCACAAUUCUUAUGCGAGUUGAACCGGGAAAUCACUAACAUAGUGGAGCUACAGCACUAUGUGGAGUUAGAGGACAUGUGGUUGAAUGAGUGUGGGGAGGUUAGAGUGAAUAAGCAAAUGCUGAUUGUAUUUUCAAUUGGAAAAUAUUCUGAUGAGAUUCUAUGUGAUGUGGUCCCUAUGCAUGGUAGUCGCAUCGUAUUGGGCAUGUCGUGGCAAUAUGAUCGACAUGUCACUCAUGAUGGGUUCAAGAAUAAGUAUUCCUUUAUAAACGAUGGGAGGAGUGUGACCCUUGUACCAUUGACUCCUAAGCAAAUGUGUGAAGAUCAAGAAGCAUAUUUGAGCGCUAACAAACUCACCUCUUCCUUGCCUAGUACUGUUGUUUCUUUACUGCAUGAAUACAAGGAUGUCUUUCUUGUAGACAUGCCCAAUGGUUUGCCACCGAUUAGAGGAAUUGAACAUCAAAUUGACUUCAUCCCCAGGGCUACGAUUCCCAACUGUAUGGCCUAUAAAAGCAGCCCUGGGGAGACUAAAGAACUUCAAAGACAAGUUGAGGAACUGCUAGCCAAGGGGCAUAUGAGAGAGAGCAUGAGUCUAUGUGCAGUACCUAUGCUAUUGUUACCAAAGAAAGAUGGAUCAUAG